AUGGAUUUGGAUAAAAUAAGUGAAACAUAUACUGAUAUAGCGUAUCAAACAGAAGUAUACAACAGUGAAUCAUUGAAUGAUAAAUGUGUGACAGAAAACCAGACAUUAAGUGCUUCUAAUGAUAGUGGUUUAGGCAAAAAUUGUAACGCACAUUUGGUGAUCGAGAAGUUUAUUUACGAAAUGAGUUCCACUUUGAAAAUUGUUUACGAUUUUAUAAAGGACACCAGUCUUGUAUUGAAGGGAAAAGAUAUCAAACCGGAGAAUAGACGUGAAAUAUUUGACAAAGCUUACAAAACGUAUCAUCGUAUGUCACUAGUUGUGGAUAAUUUGACAAACAUAUUGAAAAGGGAGGAGGAAGCUAAGACGACAGUGAUCACACUACUUGAGCGAGCUGGAAUCGAUGUGGCUAAUAACAAGUUAAUUACCAAAUACAAGCAAAUAGUUAGUGCAUAUUUGGAGCAAAUUGAUCUCUUACAGCAAGCUUUAAAAAUUAUUUAUAUUACUACAAAUAGUAAUUUAAUAUCAUCUAACAUAGAAGUUACCAGUACAUGUUACUAAUCUAUAGUUUAUUAUUAAAAGUUCUGCUCACUGUUCAUACUCACAGUUCCUUAACGACCCUUUAGUGUUAGUAAAAGAAAUCUUUACUAAAGAACGUAAUAAAUAACUUUAGACUGUGAGACAGUGUCUAGUUGAAUUCAAUAGAAAUGAGAAAUUUUA